CAGACACACCCCAACAUAGGUAGUAGAGACGAGAAAGAUAUUACUGUAUAUUCAUUUUGAAUUUCUCUAUACCCUCUUUACUAUCAACAUGUCAUGACGGAAUAUGUCCUGUUUUCCUGCGUAGCUUUGGCCUUACUUACUUGUAAGUUAGGCUUUGUGUCUACUUGUAUUUUUUGUUGCUCUCUUUUUCAGACCUCGAACAGCCUGGCCUUUUUACUGUACAAUUUGGCCCGCAGCCCAGACAAACAAGACAAAUUAAGGGCCGAAGUGACCCGAGUGUUGCCGAGAGAUGGUCACAUGACCACCGAACACCUCAAUCGUCUGCCCUAUAUGAAAGCGUGUGUGAAAGAGUCUAUGAGGUUAUACUUCCCUGUAGUGAUAGCAGCUUCGAGAAUCCUGGCCGAAGACGCUGUUCUGGGAGGUUACCUAGUACCAAAAGGGACCUGUGUGAUAAACUGUAACAACAUAUCGUGCUUACAGUCCGAGUACUUUCCUAACCCUCACACCUACUCUCCUGAACGCUGGAUGAAGGAGGACAACGUGCAGCCACACCCUUUCCUCAUGCUGCCCUUCGGCCACGGCCCCAGAAUGUGUUUAGGGAAACGGUUCGCGGAACAGCAGAUGUACAUUGCUGUCAGCAAGCUUGUCCAGAAUUUCACGAUACAACACACGGGCUCGGAGGACAUCGGAAUCACGUAUACUUCAUUUGGGAAACCAGACGAACCUCUUGGUCUAACAGUCACACCAAGAAGCAACAAUGUUCUGCAGGAAAAGCACUGACGAACUGUACGUUUCACUUUGGUAUUUAAAGGCCCUGACUUACCCAGGCUAUCGCUAAGGGGAGAGGGGCAAUGUAAAAGAAAAAUCACAGAGCGAAGCGAAAUUAGACGUUUUAACCAUAAUAUGCAGGGUACAGGGUUGUAAAAUUGGUUUGUUUUUCUCGUCUCAUUCUUUUUCCUUUAUUUUAAUAUUAAUUGUGUUCCAAACAUUGUAUAAUUAUCCCUUAUAACUCAAAUAUGUACAUAGUUUAUUCUUUCUUAUUUCUAUUUUGUAAAAUAAAUUUGCAAUGUGUAAUAAGGUGUUUUAAAGAUUAUUAUUAUUAAAAUACAUGAAUAUCUUAGUCUAUUAUCUUAGAGGUCUGAGCACAAAUGUAAUAUAAAACUCGUCGUUUUCAAGCCUGUGGAGUUUUUUAAAGAAAUCUUUGUAAAAAUCGUUUCUGUCACUUUCAUUGAUAUAUAUUAGACACGUGUAUCUUCAGUCGUGUUUAUAUCUCUGAAUGCAUAAAAUUAAUUUUAACUGUUUUA